CGUUUACGAAUUUGCGCUGUCAUCAUGGUUCAUCUUAUACCAGCUCUCACUGCUGCCUUUCUGGCUUUCAAUGUAUUUGCACACGGCGAUGUCAACAAGGAAAUUUUGAGAAGACAAGCCCAUCUCAACCAUCCUGAGCGUCGAAGCAUCCUGGAUUGCAAGCGGAGUCUUGUAGAUUCCGGAUGGGUCAGGGAGCAGCACCAAAGGCGCGAGGACAGACUGCAUGAGCUGCGUGUCGAAGCCGGCUUUGCACAAGCACACGAGUUGGUUCGUCGCAACCCCAUAGAGGUCGAAUUAAGCUAUGGCAAGAAGGGAGCAUGCACGCUCGAUCCCGAGCAAACCGAAGGUCCUUUCUAUGUUUCCGGCGAACUCGUUCGCAAGAAUAUCUUGUCUGGCCAGAUAGGUCCGAAAGCACAUGUCGACAUUAAUUUGAUCGACGUACGAAAUUGCAUGCCCAUCGAAGGUGCUUAUGUCGAGUUGUGGGGAACUAACGUGACUGGUGUCUAUUCUGGUGUACAAUCCACUGCCAACGGCAAUGGCUCCCCAGACUUUUCUUCAAAUGCCCUGCGUGGCAUACAACCAACGAAUGCUGAUGGCACCGCUUCCUUCAUCACACUCAUACCAGGACACUAUGGCGGUCGUACAAAUCAUCUGCACACUCUGGUUCAUCAUGACGCCAAACUCCUCCCUAACAACACCAUCAUAGGUGGUACCAUCUCGCACGUUGGUCAAUUUUACUUUGAGCAGGAUUUUAUCAACGACCUCGAAACAUUCUACCCCUAUACCUUGAACGAGCAAUAUCACGUUUUCAAUGACCAGGAUUCGCUCUUUCUCUACGCUAAUAAAAGCGAUGACGACCCCUUCAUGAAGGUAUCGAAGAUUGGCAAGACCUAUGCGGAUGGAUUGUAUGCAACGAUUGACGUAGGCAUCAACCAUCACGCAAUUCAGAAUUGGACGUCUCCUGUCGGGAAGUGGACCUCCGAAGGUACGGUGCCUGACCCAGAUAGUGUAUACGCGGGAUGGCCACGUCCCGUGAGCGCACCUGAAUCUUCGCCUACACCAUCACCAUCGCCAUCAGCCUCCUCAUCUGCGUAGAAUGG